AAAAUCUAAGAAUAAUUAGGAACGCUGACUUUAUUGAUGUCUCUUUUCACUCAAACCGCAACGCCUAGAGCAGAAGAGCGAGACAUAUCUACUACAAAAUGAAAAAGCUCAUAAUAUUUCCCCCACAACAAUGGAGCUAAACAAAAAUAUUUAAUGGCACAACUUUCUUACAUCUCGCUCUCACGUUAACUUAAACUAGCGAGUGUGAAUAGGAUAGAGUCGCGCAUUUUCCCAACAAAUGAAGCGUGGCUGAACCGCAGAUUGACCGCAGAGAGGCGAGUGACAGAACAGAGUGACGGGCUCAGUCGUACACGGUCGGGCGGCGAGGCAGCACGCGCGCCCACGAUCUCACCCGAGCACUCACGGACAUACCCGAAGUUGACGCAUCGGAAAACUCGGACGCAACAGCUGAUCGCGAUCGAGCCUCGCAUCGCCCGCGCACGCCUUGAGACCAUUUCUGAGAACUUUAAUCCGAAUGUCGUCAAAUUUGUAUAAAACUAUUAGACGACUAGUGACUCAGCUAAGAUGACGAAAGUUAAACUGAAGCCAAGGGCGACGUAGAAUGUGAACUGAGGAAAAAUUGUUUGUUUAUUGUGAGUUUGUGUUUGUUGUGUCCGGAUAAUAAUAAAAACAGACUAAUUAGUUAUAACAGACUUCUUGCUAUUUAAGACUGAAAUACCUAUAGACAUUUUAAUUAAAUCCAAAGAAUAAUUAGCAAACUUAAAAACAAUACUCAUUAAAUCGGGAAAUAAACAAAAGACAUUAAACAAAAGAAUCCAAUUGGAAGUGCGCCAAACAUUACCAUAAAAAACAAUUGGAGAAAGUAUCCCAUACACAGAACCAAUACCCAAACAGAGUAACACAAGGACUCGUCGUUAUCAGAAGUGCCGUGUUGUUAAAAAUACACAGAUUAAGUAUACAAGACAGAGUAACAAAAUAACAAAAAGACAGUGAUUAUUGUAGUGAUGCAGUGAGGAUGCACUUGCCUUACGAGGCGCGGGGCCGGCGCCGGCGGGACAUGGACCCGGAGCCCUGGUGGCUGCAGUCCGUCGUGGACGAGACGCUGGCGGAGCACCCUGACCUCGGUGAGAACCAUCUAGUCCGCACCGGCAGUCCCGACUACAUGUGCUCGAUGCUGCCGCAGCACUGGCGCUCCAACAAGACCCUCCCCGGCGGCUUCAAGGUGGUGGCCCUCAGUGAAGUCAUCGACGGGACGCUCGUCACCAUCCGAGCUGGCAAUGAUGAGAACUGCUCCGCCGAACUGAGGAAUAACACGGCGGUUAUGAAGAAUAGGGUCGCCAAGUUUAACGAUCUGCGGUUUGUCGGCCGAAGCGGGAGAGGGAAGAGUUUUUCGUUGACCAUCACGGUAUCGACGUCGCCGCCGCAAGUAGCUACAUACCAAAAAGCCAUAAAAGUCACCGUCGACGGACCGAGGGAGCCUCGAUCUAAAACUAGUACAAACGUAUCACCGCACCAAAUCCGGAGCAUAGGCUUCCACAGACAGUUCCUAGACACGUCACUUCCCAUCCGUGACAUGGAGUACAAGAGUUCGGCGAGGAGCCUGCGGUCCUUGUCGCACGAGGAGAGAGAGUACAAGACCAAUGCCAACCUGCCCGUUGGAGGUAAGUCAUAUCCGGAGCAUAGGCUUCCACAGGCAGUUCCUAGACACGUCACUUCCCAUCCGUGACAUGGAGUACAAGAGUUCGGCGAGGAGCUUGCGGUCUUUGUCGCACGAGGAGAGAGAGUACAAGACCAAUGCCAACCUGCCUGUUGGAGGUAAG